AUGCAGAGUCUAUUGGCCGUGUCUGCAGAGUCUCAGCUGUCAAAUACGAGUGAGGUGGACCAGGGACCUGAUAGGUCGAAAGGUGUUAAAAUCUACAUUCCCUAUGAGUCCGCUGAACUCUGCAUCACUCAGAUAGCAGAGGACAUGGCGGCCAUGAAAGCCAGACACCUGGAAAUGGUACAGGAGCUAGAGGGAAACUUUCAAACUGCAGUACGUGAGAACCAGGAGCAGACUGUCCAGAAGCUCAGAGCUCACCACCACAACAAGCUGAAUGCUUUGAGGAGGAUCCUUGACAUCUACCAGGAGAAGGUGGACAGGAGGAACACGGGCUGGGAGAAGAGCGUCAUGGCCUUGACCACACAGAAGGAGCAUCUGCUGGAGGAGCAGAGAGCCGAGAGACAGAGGAGCAGAGAAGAGGCCCUGCAGUGGCACAGAGAAAAGAGCAAAAUGCUAGAGCUCUUCUCCAGCAGGCUAGACCUCCUCCACAGCCACCAGGCCUCUACGCUGCAGGAAUUGCAGAUGGCCAGGCAGGAAGUGGGGAGGGUCCAAGAGAUGCUGAUGACGUCAUCGAAGGAGGAGGAGCCACAGGAAGCCACUCAGGAAGGUGAAACCUCAGAGAACAAAGGACCCCAACAACCUGUGGCCUGCAAUGAGCCAGACAUACCACUAGAGGGGGCUAAAGCUCGUCUGGAGGAGCUGAAGGAGAGUCUGUACCAGAGGGAGAGAGAGAUCACUGAGCUGCUGGAGGCAGAGAGGAGCCCCCUUCCUCCCAUCCAGCAGCCAGCCUGCACGGUUCUGCUGUCCACUGUCAUACACAAGGCUCACGUAAUACUAUGCAGUGCGCCGGCUGAGACCAGAACUCUGUUGAACCAGAUGAUUGAAGACAAUCAAGCUGCUUUGCUUCAAGCCAGAGACAAACUGGAUCAUCCGCAGAUGCCCGCAGCAGAUCGCAGUCCCAACGGGGAUGAGAACGACAGCCAAAAUAGCUCAGAAGAAUGUGAGUCCGGCUUGUCCUUGCUACAGGAGAAAGUAAGGGAGCAUGAGAUUGUUCAGAUGGCUUUAGAUUGUAUCCGAACAGGUGAAGUCCCUGCAACCACUGACUGUGAAGCGGCAUCAGACUUGGCCAGCAUCCUGGGAAGAGGCAGAAUCCAUUCGUCAGACGGAGUGAAGACUGUUGGACAGCAGCUCCUCCUGUUGCAAGAUCAGUUGAAGCACAUGAAAGAAGAAAAUAAGAAGGUAAUCGAGAACUACACCUCAGAGAGGACAAUGAGGAAGAAGUUCUACAAUAUGGUGGAAGACAUGAAAGGUAAAAUUCGGGUGUUCUGCCGAAUUCGACCACAAAACCGAGCUGAGGCAGCUCAGGAUGAGGCCUCGGUCGUGGAGAAGCUGGAUGAUUACUCCGUCAUCGUGGAGACCCCCCGGGGGCCGCGGGAGUUCCAGUUUGACAAGGUGUUCAGCACAGACAGUUCCCAAGAAGACCUGUUUCAGGACUCCAGCAGACUGAUCCAGUCUGCCAUCGAUGGUUACAAUGUCUGCAUCUUUGCGUAUGGCCAGACAGGCUCGGGGAAGACCUUCACCAUAGUCGGGGACAAGGAGCAGAGAAACCCAGGCAUCAUGCCCAGAGCUUUUACGGCUAUAUUUGAUAUCAUACAGGAGAACAGAACCAAAUUUGAAUUCAAGGUUUCAGCCUACAUGCUGGAGCUGUACAACGACAGGCUCCAGGACCUCUUUGUGAGUCUGGCUGGUGAGGCCCAUGCACAGGUCCAGUCCCAUGGUCCGCCCAGGCGUGUGGAGAUCAAGAGGAACAGAAAGGGGGUUGUGUUCGCCCAAGGAGCAGAGACAAAGGAGGCUUCCAGCGCCCAGGAGCUUUACGCUCUGUUCCAGCAGGCCUGCGCCAACCGACACAUCUCUGCCACCAAGAUGAACGUGGAGAGCUCCCGUUCCCACCUCAUUGUUGGCAUCAUGGUGGAAAGCAGGAAUCUGACCAACGACAGUGUGAGCUAUGGGAAGCUGAGCCUCGUAGACCUGGCUGGCAGUGAGAGAGCAGCCAAGACUGGUGCCAAGGACCACCAGCUCAAGGAAGCAAACUCUAUAAACAAGUCUCUGAGUGCCCUGGGUGAUGUGAUCUCAGCUCUGUCCUCCGAGCUUCCCCACGUCCCCUACAGGAACAGCAAAUUGACCCAGGUCAUGCAGGACUCUUUGGGGGGCAACGCCAAAACACUCAUGAUUGUCAACAUCUCUCCAUCAGAGUGCAACCUUGACGAUACCAUGACGUCACUCAUUUAUGCAACGAGAGUGAGAGCCAUCACCAACAACGCUCAAAGGAACCUGGACAGCAAAGAGAUCACCCAGCUUAAAGAGGUGAUCGCGAAGCUGAGGUCAGGACAGACAGUGGAAGAGGAGGAGGUUUGACCCGUCAUAAGUUUUAGUGGCAAAACUGGGAUACGAGUUUAACACUAGGGCUUUAAAAUAAUCGUUUGAGUAGACAUACUUUUAAUGAACCGUGUGUGUGUUUGUAUUGAUAAUGAAGAAAUAAGUAUCCUAGGGCACAUUUGCUUCUGUGCCCGCUGAGUCAAACCGGGGGCAUAACUGCAGAGACAGAGAGAGAGAGGGAAACAGGAACCGUGGCAUUCAGGGCAUUGCGUGCCAGGGCGUUAAUAGGAGUUCGCUACGUCUGUUGAAUGAGGCCCCCACAACACUGGGUCCCCUGUAGGACCAGCAGGCAAUUAGGAAGUCACUUGGCUAAUCAGUUUGUUUUGCUAUUGUGGGGGGAUGAGAGCCAUUCACCGUGCAGGACAUUAGGGCUUGCUUGGCAGGUGAAACCUCAGGGGCUGAACCGCUCUGUAUCCCUACUGUCACGCAGUCAAACCCCCAUUGCAGGGAACAGACGGGGUCACUCUCAGACUCGGCCCUGUGAUUGUUUUUGUUGUUCUGGGUGGUGUGUUUUUUUUAUUCAGAAGAAAAGAGGGGCUCACUAAAAUUAGAGCUGAAACUGGAGCAUUGUGGAACGGUGGUGGGAAGAGGUUUGGGAGAGUGAGGGUAAGCAAAGGGGGACGGAUUUUGCAGGUGCACAGGUUGAACAUUUGGACACUUUUCCGCAUACAUUUGCUGGCAUUUCAGAGAAACACACAGAAGACCGCUCAGUAUUACAGCGGCUAACAGAGUAUCAUGCCCACAGCAUAUGCACAUAGAGAGAUAAUAUUGAACAUUGUGAUCGUUUCCCUUUAAGUCCACUGGUGUGGUUUCCUUUUUGGGCAUGACGCUUCAUGGGUUUAAUUUUCUCGUCAGCUCUGUGUCAUUGUAUUUUUUCCACUUUGGACGUUGUCUAAAAGAAAUAAUAAAUUAGAUGAUGUGUUA